AUGUUUCGUAUUGCUAAGUCCUUAGUAAAAUCCAUUGAACAAAGUGUCCAGGAUACUUUAUCGUUUUCCCAGGAUUCUCAAUUAGAUGCAUUUUUCCAGUCGAUCCCUCCAAAUUUAAUAUUACCUCAAUUGUUACCACCUAAUUAUAGUCCAGAUGAUCCCUCUUUGACCGGGACCCAACCACUAUUUGAAUUUACACAGAAGCACAAUAACAUUAUUUCUGGGUUGCGUAUCGUGUACGUGGAUGAAAGUCAAUUACAAUUGCAAUCAUAUUUUGAUCAUAUUGUUGGUAUCAAUGAUAAUCCUUUACCAUUGGUUUAUAAUUAUAAUACUCCAUAUCCAAAUUAUGAUAAAAUAUUUGAAAUAUUGAACAAUAGCGUCUCUAGUUUUGUUAAAUUCAAUAUUUGGUCUGCAAAAGGGGGAACCUUUCGUGAUGAAUAUUUAUCAAUACUACCAAAUUCAAGUGAGGAUGAACUAACAGAUAUUAGCCUGGAAAAUAUCUCAAAUAAUACUACUACACAUGCUUCAAACUCACAAGGAUUCCAAAAAUUAAGCUUUAAAGUCCAAUGGUCUCCACUUAACGCUUCUACUUUUACUUAUCAUAUUUUAAAUCUAAAUAUUCCAAAUGGCCCAGCAUUCGUGGCUGGCCUAAUCCCUGAUGAAGAUUAUAUUAUAGGCUGCCAAGAUGGAUUACUGGCUACUGGUGGCAAUGGAUUGCUACAGGAUAUCAUCAGAUCAAGAGCAAACCAUUCGUUAAUAUUGUACGUGUUUAAUAAAAUUGAAGAUAACGUCAGACCAGUCACAGUGAAUAUUGGCCCAGAUGGAAGAUUAGGCAGCAAUAUUGGCUAUGGUUUUCUUCAUAGGAUUCCUGCUCCACAUGGCACGGUGGUGGCACCAACACCUGCAAAUCCAAAUGUAACUUCUACCUAUUCACCUAACACUAUUACUUCCCCUCAACAAGUGCCUCCACAAUCUUCAGAAACUUUCAUUCCAAAUGCAGUUGUCCAUCCUCCACUAGCCAAGAAAAAUAAACCACAUGCUGAAAAGAAAGAAAAGAAAGUUAACAUGAUGGACUACUUCAACGAAGGUAAGGAUCAAAGUGCUGUUAGGAAAGUUGACCAAGACGCAACCCCCCCACCAAUCUUGCACAAGUAG